UUUAUUUUAUAUCUUCUUCUAUUAUAUAAAGCUUCCAUGGCCAACCUUGUUUAAGCUUCUCUCCUUCUCCUCCUCCUGUGUGUCUCUCUUUAACUAGUUUGUGGUAAGGGAGAGAGUGAUGGAGUUUGCGUGUUGAUCGGUUUGAACGAUCGCAUGGCUGAGAUUUGUUACGAGAACGAGUCAGUGAUCACGAAAACGACGUCCACGGUGGUUACGAGGACGGCGGCGACAACGACGACUAAGAGGCGAGAACGGAGCUCUUCUCAAGCCGCGAGAAGGCGGAGAAUGGAGAUCCGUCGGUACAAGUUUGUCUCCGGUGAACAAGACCCCGUCUUCGUCGACGGCGAGUUACAGAGGCGGGGGAGACGUGAAUCCACCGUGAUUUACGAGUUAGCCAAGACCGAAACGGCGAAGGAGGUUGUCGUUUUGUGCGAGUCUCUGAGCUCUACGGUUAUGGCAUUGCCUGAUCCAGAUGCUUAUCCUAAAUACGGCGUCGCUUCUGUCUGUGGAAGAAGACGGGAGAUGGAAGACGCCGUCGCUGUGCAUCCGUUUUUUUACCGUCAACAGACGGAAUUUUCCUCAUUCGGAUAUCACUUCUGCGGCGUUUACGAUGGCCAUGGCUGUUCCCAUGUAGCGAUGAGAUGUAGAGAAAGGCUACACGAGCUAGUGCGGGAGGAGCUUGAGGCUGAUGAUGCUGACUGGGAAAAGUCAAUGUCGCGUAGCUUCACGCGCAUGGACCUAGAGGCUGUGGCGUUGAACGAAGGUGGUACGGCGAAUUGCCGGUGCGAGCUUCAGAGGCCGGAGUGCGACGCGGUGGGGUCUACCGCGGUUGUGUCCAUCCUCACACCGGAGAAAAUCGUUGUGGCUAAUUGUGGAGAUUCCCGUGCGGUUCUAUGCCGUAACGGGAAAGCUAUUCCUUUGUCCUCCGACCAUAAGCCGGACCGUCCAGACGAGCUAGACCGGAUUCAAGCAGCGGGUGGUCGGGUUAUCUACUGGGAUGGCCCACGUGUCCUUGGAGUACUUGCAAUGUCACGAGCCAUAGGCGAUAAUUACUUGAAGCCGUACGUUAUCAGCAAACCGGAAGUAACCGUAACGGACCGGGUCAAGCAAGACGAGUUCCUUAUACUAGCAAGCGACGGUCUUUGGGACGUUGUCUCAAACGAAACUGCAUGUAACGUCGUUCGAAUGUGUCUGAAAAGAAAAGUCAACAGUCAGCUAACGUCUUCACCGGAAAACGAUGUUGCUGGCGCUGGAAACGUGGUCGUCGUCGGAGGGGAUGUGUCGAAUAAAGCGUGUGAUGAAGCGUCGAUUUUGCUGACGAGGCUUGCGUUAGCUAGACAAAGUUCUGACAACGUAAGUGUUGUGGUGGUUGAUCUCCGAAGAGACACGUAGUUGUUUCUUGUCUCUCUCUCUCUUUCUCUCUCUCUCUCGUAAUGUUUGUUUUUUUGUCCCGAGUCAUGAUGACUUUUGGGGCUUUCUUUAACUUUUUUUUGCUCUUCGGUUUAAGAUGAAGGGUUUUUAAUUUUAGCUUGACUUUUGGUAUCACUUCGCAAGUGAACAGCGGUUUACAUCUUCAGAAAUUUUCACCCGUAGGUGAAACUGCGGUUAAAAAAACGUGAAGUUUCUUACA